AUGCAAGAAUACACAGCUAAGGUGCAGAAUACUCCAAGUAGGGCUUCAGGUGACAUGAAGUUGGAUGAUUUGGUGUUGUGCAAAAUCUAUCAAACGAGGGUGAAGCCCAAGAACAACCCACAGCAAGAUAAUUUAGAAGAAGAACCUGAUGAAACAGUGGUUAAUCCAGCUCUGCAGCCUCAUUUCAGCCAAGACUCCAUGCUUCCACUUCUUCAAUUAGGAAUGGACAAUAUGCUCAAUGAUGCGGCUUUACCACAGGGUGUUGAUGUGGAGCCACUUGAUAUUUCAGUCGACGAUUGGCUAUAUAGAGACUUUGUCUAUAACAUGGCUGAAGAAACGGUGCCUAAUGCUACAAAUAUGCACAAUGAUGUGGUGUCUAACGCUACUCCAAUGUACAAUGAUACGGUGCCGAAUGUUGCACUUAAGCACAAUGAUGUGGUUCCUAAUGUUGCUGUCGAUGAAAUGGUUCCUAAUGCUGUACAUUUGCAGCCUCAUUUUAACCAAAGCUCCAUGCACCACGAAGUGGUGGAUUACAGUGUGUCAAGCUCUGCAUACAACAGUGGUGCUGAUAUGAAUUUUGGCCCAAAUUCUUUUAUGGGUGGGAGAGAACAUGUUAAGUCAUGCAAUUCUGAGGUUGAAGACUGGAUAGAUCGAGCGCAGCUCAAUACCAUUACUUAUGGCGAAUCGUCCGAUGUUAUACUUGAUGUACUUUGGUCCGAAGACUAA